GGGCCUGCACAGCCCGCAUCCGAUCGGCUCUCAGGCGGCCACGUCCAGUCUCCUCCCACCGAGAGAGGGCGGAGGCUGGAGCUCCGAGACGAGGAGACUCCCCCGGACGACAGCUGCCGCUCCGGGCAGUCAUCGAGGAGCGACCGCGCUGUGAGUGUGUGUGUGUGUGUGUGUCGGGGUGGGGACUGACAGGAGCUGGACGACAACAACCAACACACGAAAAAAAGGUCACAGCAGUUACAGUGACAUGGACCUCAAAAGUAAUCACACACCCUGCAGAGCUAACACAGGAGCCUUGCCUGAACUGCUGAGCAGAAAAUGACUCAGAGAAAUGGAACCAGAGGGACGAGCGACCGCUGCCUCCACCCGGAGGCCUCCAUAGUUUGUGAGCAGGGGAACGGUAUGGAGCACGAGAAAGUUGAAGAGUCCAACGACUGUGAAUCCGAAGAGGCGGGACAGGGAGGUGAAUGCAGAGACUCCAUGGCUGUAACGGCAGCAGUCACAGCUCCAGAUGGCGGGUGGGGCUGGGUGGUGCUGGCUGCCACCAUCAUGGUCCUGGCUUUGACCCUUGCGUUCCCCUCCUGUGUGGGAAUCUUCUACACCGACCUGCAGAAUGAGUUCCACGCCUCCAACAGCGAAACCUCCUGGGUGCCCUCCAUCAUGACGUCAGUGCUUCACGCGGGAGGUCCCUUUUGUAGCGUGUUGGUGGAGAGAUUUGGUUGCCGAGCGACAGUCAUGUUGGGCGGAGUCCUGAGUGGGCUUGGUAUGGCUGCCAGUUCGUUUACCCAGUCCAUCGGCCAGCUCUACGUAACAGCUGGGGUUAUUACAGGACUUGGUUUCUGCUUCAGCUUCCAACCAGCUGUGACAAUCCUCGGACACUACUUUGUGCGUCGUCGUGCGUUUGCCAACGCCAUGUCCUCCACAGGCACAGCCCUGGGACUGUGCACUCUACCUGUCCUGGGUAACUACCUCCACAUAGAGCUGGGCUGGAGGGGAAGUUUCCUUGUUUUGGGGGCUGUCCUGCUUAACUGCUGUGUGUGCGGAGCAGUGAUGAGGCCCCUCCAGCCCCGCAAGCAUCGAGGCCAGCCGCUGAUGAACCACGGACCCCCUCCGCCAGAGGAGGAAAAUGUGAGGAAGGAAAAAGGGUGGGUGAGAACGACAUGGAGCUACCUGUUGGCUUCCCUGAGCAAACACAUGGCCUUUGAUCAGCUCUGCAACAACUCGCGGUACUGUAUGUAUGCCAUCGGCAUCACCUGGAUGAUGCUUGGUUUUGUGGUGCCCUUGGUGUAUCUGGUUCCCUACGCCACCGCUAACAACAUGGAGCAGGGCCGGGCCGCGCUGCUGCUCUCCAUCCUGGGUAUCGUUAACAUCGUGGUGCGGCCACCCUUUGGCCUCAUCUUCAACAUGCCCUGGUUCAAAGGGCGACACAUUUAUGUUUUUGCAGCAGCUUUGCUGGUCAACGGCCUCAGUAACAGUAUCUGCUGCAUCGGGCCCAGCUUUCCUGUACUGCUCACUUAUGUGUUGAUCUACGGGCUCUCCAUGAGUGUGGUGGGCUCCCUGAUGUUCACUGUCCUCAUGGAUAUAGUGGAGAUGAGCCGCUUCCCCUCAGCUCUGGGCCUGCUCGCUAUCAUGGAGAGCAUCACGCUGCUCAUUGGGCCUCCACUGGCAGGGGUCCUGAUUGACAGGACAGGCCAGUACUUCCACGUCUUCUUUGCCUGCAGUGCCGUUGUUGCCUCGUCCGCUGUGUUCCUCAUGGUGUCAUUUUGCUGGCUGGAUAAAAGGUACAGGAUGUCGUCAAAGCAGGGUCAGCCAUCCACACUGCCUGAACCAGCGAGACCUGCUGUUGACGUAGCUCCUGGCUGUCAGUACAGCAGCGUGCCCACAGAGGGAGACAAAGACAAGGCCUCGGCUAACGGGGCAGAGUAUAUCACCAGCCUCUGAACCUCCUCACACUGUAUGUCACCCUUUAAGGGAAACUUCAGUAUUUUUCAACCUGGACCUUAUUUCUCCAUGUUUUUAUGUCUAAGUGACUAAUGGGGACAACAAUUCUUGAAAUUGGUCCAGUAUUAAGUGAGAGCCCUGCAGCCGGCAGCCGUUGAACGGGCUGUAAUGUAAUCUUCGGGGCAAUUGCCCACUGUCAAUGUCCGUCCACUAAAAGUGCUUGUUUUUGCCACUGACAGGCUCAGAUUGUUAUUCUAAGUGUCUGACAACAUUAUGGAAAGGAUCCCUACAGAGAUAGACCUUUAUAUUAAAGAGUAAGAUUGUUUUUGUUUAAGCAGAAACAGCCGGAUCUUACUCAUGACGAACACUCACUGUGUGCUCUCGCUCAAUUCUGGAUCCAUUUUAAGAAUUGUUGUCCCCAUUAGUUACUUAAACACAAAAACAUGGGAAAAUAAGGUCCAGGUUGAAAAAUACAGAAGUUUCCCUUCAACACACAUUACACUCUGGGUCAAACAGUUGUGAAAAUAAUUCCUAAUGUUUGCACCAGCUUGCUUUGUGCGGCAGAUGUUGCACCGUUUGCUUUUCUGUGGUUGAAUGACACCUGACCUGGUCUGAAUUGUCCUCGUGUGACUCCUGCCAUCUGGUACGUCAUAAAAGUCUAAGCAAACACUAUGAAUAAUUUGCACAGCUUGCCCAAGGUCGGACACUUGAUUCUGCGUACCAAAAUGAACAGAUGUGCACUUACAACUACAAUGUGAUUGUACCGUUUAUUGUAAAAUGCUGCUGAUCUUAUCUAUGUGAUCACACAAUCUAUCAAAUACGAUGCAUCUCACAUUAUCAAGCUACAAUACAUACAUGAUCCUUUGUUGAAGAAAUCACUCGAAAUGCUUUCUAGAUGUUUGCUGGUGUGUUUAAUGCUGUAUUAGUAUAUGAUGAGCGUAGAGACAGGAUGCUAGUAUGAUACAGUAGGCCAAGUGGUUGUGUUCAAGUACCAAGCAAAUUUGGUAGUAUUAUAAAUGUGUGAAAUCAAAGUGAGGAAAACAAGCAGGGAGUCGCUCCCAGUGAGAGUUAAAGGAUAAAGAUGUUAUAUAUAUCUGUCUAUAUAUAUAUUUUACUGUCAACAAAUCUCUAAAGACCAAAACCAACAAUGUGUUAGCGUGUCCGGAUUAACCCGACAGAUAAAAUGAGCUGUGGCCUUCCAGUUCCCAUCAUGCACAGUGCACACAGAUGACCACACAUGGCAGCUUCAUUAUAUUUGGUCUAGUUUAGCGUGAUAAUCAGCCUGAAUUGCUUUUUCGUUUCACUUCAUUGUUCAGCCUUCAGACAUUUUCUGUCGCUCAUUUUCAUGGAUGUUGCUGGGCAGCUAUAAAGAAAGAUGACACUCCGCCUAAAAAGCUCUGAUUGGUCGAAUGUUUCUCCAACCGGCAGAAAUAGCUGCCAUCGAGCACAACACCAGACCUAUAUGAAGUUAUUCAGAGGUCUGGAACCAGGCUAGUCCCAGUUAUCACACAGGACUGUUGUUCUGUAAUACUACCAGGCAGAGUGUAAAAUUAACUUGUGGUAACAUGAACUGAUGCAAUACUCCUCAACUCGGUGUCUCAACAUUAGUUAACAAUCACCACCUUAAGGCCCUCCUAAUUUCUGGCAACAUUUGGUGUGCCCCCAAACCAGAUUGGCACAGUACCUGUUUGUGCCAGUUCAGCCUGGUUUCCACUCCAUUUCAGUUCAGCAGACAAAGCAGCACAUGCCGCUUGUGCACAAAACAACGAAACACCACAUGUUCCAACAGCAUCGUAAACCAAACAGACUAAUAAACACAGAUUUCACAGGGCUUGCCGCGGCUGAAUCCAAAUGUUAAAGGUACCGUCUCUGCCUUAAGUUUAGCACGGCAUCUCCACCACAUGGUGCUGUUUGAUUAUCAGCUGAUAGAGAUUAAACAUCAUAUCAUCCACACUCCAUUUUAGUAAGUUUUUCCGCUCUUGCAGCUUCAUAACAAGCUGCACGCUGGCAGAGCCAAAUGGAGUGCAGCCAUUGUCAUUAAGUGUUGCUUACAAAUAUGCACUUGAUGAAAUUGCCCUAAACCAUCUGACACACAGUUAUCCUGGGGCCCCUCAAGGUCUGAGUCACCAGGGUGUCUUUCCCUACUUUCUGACUUCUCUGCCCUACCUGUGGCACUCAGUCCCAAACCCAGUGGUUCAUACUGAAGAUGAAAAUCUUUAAAAACUGGUCUCAAAUAUAUGUUUCAUUCACUAAAGCAGCUGCUCGCUGUAGUUUUUAUCAAACAAACUGAAGGAAAUGGUGCAUUUGUUGGGGACUAUUUUCAGCGGCGGAUUAAGCCACAUUUGGUGCUCUAGUGAGUAUUUGGGGCAGCAGGACGGUGUGUGUGGGACUGAGUCAGAAUAAACUACAGUGUGUGUGUUCAUGGUGAUGAAGCAACAUGUCAGCCAGUGCAACAGUGCGGCUCACUGAUGUGUUUUUAAUAGUUUCUGGACAACAGUGGAGCUCGAUGGCUCAGAGGAAGAAGAUACAUCAGGCUGUGAUACACACACAAAACUUGUUAGUGGAUACGUUCACUGUUGGUUUUGGUGUUUUCAUGGGAUUUUUUUGACAAUAAGAAUUUAAAAAAAAAUAGAAUAUCCUGUGUUUUAAUUACCAAUAGCUAAAGACUUGUUACAGCAGGCCUUUAAUCAGUCAAAACAGGAUAUGGAAAAUGAGCGUGUGCUUGCUUUCAGGAUGUUUUUGACAUCAUUAUCUUUAAAGUAGGAAAAUGAAUUUCCUAUGUCUUGUGAAUGCGUUAAACACAGCAUGCUGAGCACAUUACACAUGUUGAUGAGUACGGGUUGUUUUAGAUCAUUGAAGGCGGAUAUAUUAAAAAAAGGGUUGAAUCUGAUUGUCAUUAAUUGUCACAUGCAGAAAAUUAAUAUGUACUGUUUAAACAGUAAUUAAUCAUGUUUUUUUUUGUUCCUUUGCUUUUCAUUCCUUAAUGGAACGGUGCCUUUUCAUAUAACUGGUGUAUUUCUAAAAGAUAAUCUGCAACCACGGGAUGAUAUCAAACCCUUUCAGGGGGACAGAAGCAGAUGAUUUCAUGUUGACUGUCAGCUUGUCAACAGUUUGUCAACUUUUCAUGGGAAGAAUAUUUUGAAGGCACUGAAUAGUCAACAGCUCACAUGUUCAAACAUGUUUAUGACACUGUAACUGAGGUUACCUUCAGUUCCAAGCAGAGAUUUUAUGUGACAGACUUAUCUUUUGAUAAAUUAACUGAGAGACUACUAUCACACCACCUGUACAGGUUUGAACAAAGCUAUUUUAUGUCAGAUGUGACUGAAAAUGAAAUAUAAAUAUUCAGCUAUGAGCAGUAAACCAGAGGCUUCUCAGCUAUGAGAGGAUUUAUUAGUAAUUUUUUGAGGCUUGUCUUGCUUUAUUAUAGCUUUACUAUAGAUUCUUUAUUUAUACAUUAUGAUCAGGAGAAAAAUAAAUGUUUGAGUAUCAAA